AUGCUGGGGAAAUCAUUCCAUCUCAUAAGCCUCCUGGCCCUGGGCCUAUCGACUCAGGCGACUCAAAUUUUCAGUAACACUGGAACAACCUCAGGUUGGGAUGCCACCAACCAAGAGCAUGAGGGUACUGUUCAACAAGUUACCAACGUGGUCUACGAAGGAUCAACUGCUCUGAAGAUGACCCAAGUCUAUGACUCCAGCUACACUGGGCGGUACCAUUCUGAAGUUGUGAAAGAUGAUGUUUACAAACGUGGCGAUACCGGCUUUUAUGGAUUUGCCUUCCGUCUUCAGGAAAGCUGGCAAUUUUCACCAGCUCAGUCUUAUAAUAUCGCCCAAUUUAUUGCCGACUUCACCGACACCGGCUGCGAUGACUGGAUGCCUUCCAGCAUGGUUUGGCUUGUUGGGGACCAGCUGUAUUCCCGAGUCAAACAGGGAACUAUCUGCAACCAGAAGAUCCAGACAUUCUCUAAUCUGGCUACUGUCUCUGCAGGCGUGUGGCACAAGAUCGAGAUUCAAUCCAGCUGGAAGACUGACGGCACUGGCUACUAUAAGAUCUGGUUCGACGGAACAAAAGUCCUGGAAGAGUACAACAUCAACACAACUAUUGAAGAUGACAGAGAAUUCCAGUUCCGUGUUGGUCUCUAUGCGAAUGGAUGGCACGACGACGGAGGCAUGAAAGGUACACAGGGGACCCGUCAAGUCUGGUAUGAUGAAAUUGCGGCGGGGACCGUGUUUGCGGAUGCCGACCCUGAUCAGUGGUGA